CCAGACAAUGAGUUACUGGUUCAGUGAACCCACACAGAAACUGUCAUAUAAAUACAAGGCAGAGCAGAAAUUGGCACUUACUGGAUUGAUUUUGGGAGAGUUGGUACAUUUUAGAACAGCUCUGCUGUGUGCUGCACAAAUAAGAGGACACUAUUGAGGGAACAGCAAUGGCAAUUCUCUGGACUACACUGUGUGCUGUCGUCAUGGUGACUGCAGCCACGUCUAAACCGGUCUACCUAAAUCAAGAGGAGAAUUCAUCAGAGUCCGUUGAAUCGGAUUCAUCAGAAGAGACGGACGCUGAUGUUGAGCCUUCCCAGGAUCCCCUGCAAACAGCACAUACGGAGACAGAAAUUCCUACUGCUAUAGUGGAGACUGGUGCCUUACAGACAGCAGAGCCCUUACAGACUGCAGACCCCUUACAGACGGCAGAGCCCUUACAGACUGCAGAGCCCUUACAGACUGCAGAGCCCUUACAGACUGCAGACCCUCUUCCCACUGCAGACUCUGUACCUGCAGCCAUGCUCAACACAACAGCACUGCCCGGCCCCGAGGAAGCACAAACUUCCACUGAUGUUCUACAACUCCUGCCAGUCGAUCCUUCACAAACCGUUCCCGGCACUGACAUUCUUCAGGCUAUGCCACAGGACUCAAUCCACACCGACGCUGUGCAUGUGCUACCAGACAAAGAGGGCUCACAACCCGGGGUCAUGGAGAACGAUACAAACAUAGGUACAACUCAGCCACAAGUCAUCACCACCACCACCACCAUGACAUACCAAGGAUUCCCCCAGGGCGCAACUCCACCCGUCCCUUCACACAUCAAACCAACACUUCCACCAGUCUCCUCAACCCCAUUCUUGCCAAUCCACAUCGGUGCUGCCCUGACCGGGGUCCCUGUUUGCUUCACUUUCCAGUUCAGCCCUUUGCCAGGUCCACCCAGAGGAGACAUUUAAACCUUUAGUUCAGCUCACUGCCUCGUCCCCAUGUUUGUUGCCAACA